GCAAGCACACACAUUGACCCCGCUCCAUAUUUCGCGCCGCGUGCUGUCAGAACGACGACGAGCUCUGCAGCGUUCACGUGCGCUGCUCUUCAUAAAGCGAGGAUCAACAAUAAACAAAUCCCAAACUAAAGACCCGACAUAAUGGCAUCAAAAAAGCAGAGUUUACUGAGAGAAGCGUCUCAUCAAAUCAUUGCAGGUGGAUCAGCAGGUCUUGUGGAGAUUUGCUUGAUGCACCCACUGGAUGUUGUAAAGACCAGGUUUCAAAUCCAAAGAGGGAAAGGAGAUCCAAAUAGCUAUAAAGGCCUUGGAGACUGCUUCAGAACUAUAUUCCGCAAUGAGGGGCUCUACGGCUUCUACAAGGGAAUCCUUCCCCCCAUUUUGGCCGAGACCCCAAAGAGAGCAGUGAAGUUCUUCACCUUCGAGCAGUACAAGAAGCUGUUGAGUUUUACUCCUUUAUCGCCGGCCGUGGCCCUCUCUGUGGCUGGCCUGGGGUCAGGGCUAACCGAGGCGCUGGUUGUAAAUCCAUUUGAAGUAGUGAAAGUGAGCCUACAGGCCAACAGGGAUUCAUUCAAAGUGCAACCCUCUACAUUUGCACAAGCUCGAACUAUCAUAAACGCAGAUGGCCUUGGUCUCCGUGGCCUUAACAAGGGGCUCACCUCCACUCUGGGGCGACACGGUGUCUUCAACAUGAUCUAUUUUGGUUUCUACUUUAACGUUAAAGACGCUAUUCCUGCCAGUCAGGACCCUACGCUGGAGUUCAUGAGGAAGUUUGCUAUCGGUUUGGUGUCGGGAACCGUGUCGUCCUGCGUGAACAUUCCGUUUGAUGUCGCCAAAAGUCGUAUCCAGGGUCCUCAGCCUGUUCCGGGGCAGAUCAAAUACCGCAGUUGCUUUCAGACCAUUGGCCUGGUGUACCGUGAGGAGGGAUAUCUUGCCCUAUACAAAGGACUGAUUCCCAAGAUAAUGAGACUUGGACCAGGAGGUGCCAUCAUGCUGCUGGUGUAUGAAUAUGUAUCUGCGUGGCUACAGAAGAACUGGUGAUGAUCUCACAUCACCAUCAGCUGUUUUGCAGGGGUCUGUACUGCAUCCUCUCCACGUUCAUUGAAACAGAUCCCAUCCCCGUUUCCCAACAAUCACGUCACCUAUCACAUUUCAGGAUCAAUUACGUUUCCACCGACAUGUGACAAUAUCCACUGCUGUUCCCUCACUUAACAUCGAUUUUCAGCUGCGUUCAAGCAUGAAUAAUUGUGUACACUCUCCACCGUCGCUUUACGACAGCACGGUCACCCUCCUGGACCUGCCACACAUUUCAUGUUUAUAUUUGACAGAACCGAGAGGUAUUUGAGAGCUGCCUGUCCACAUGCCUGCACACUUAACAGCAACACUCCGCACCCAAACGGAUUACCUUCACCAACACGAAAUAGAGGAAACAGAUUCAGCGUGUUGUUUUUAGCCUAAACCUGUGGCUUUGUUUCUCACGUCUGUUUUCAAGUAGUAUUUAAAUACAGUGAAGGUGAGGAACACAUCUACUGUAUUGAUAGAUGGACAACUCAGGACAUUACUGUAUUAAAUUGGUGAGAUAUCUGAUGUGCUCAAGGUCUCACCUCAAUAGCUUUAAAGGGAUAGUUCACAAAAAAAUGAAAAUUCUGUCAUCGUUUACUCACCCUUUUGUUACUUCAAACCUGUAUGACUAUCUUUUUUCUGCAGGACACAAAAGAAAAGAAUUUUGAAGGAUGUUGGUAACCAAUCAACAGCGAUACCCAUUGACUUGCAUUGGUUUUGUGUCUAAACAAUAGAAGUGCGUUUUCAUUUUUGGGUAAACUAUCCCUUUAACAGUGUUGAAAGUGUUUCAAAUUCAUUGCACAAACAAGAUUUCUAUGAAGGUUAGCAUUUCCGUUUAAUCUGAAAUAUCAAUUAUUUAUUGAUUUCUGGAAUUUGUUUGAACAAAUUGACACAGAUCAGUGCAAACAGAAUAAUGCACCAAAGAGAGCUACAAAAGCUCAGUUGGCGUGAAAUACAAUACAAUCAUUUUUAAGCCAAAAAGCCUAAACAAAAUUACAAUAAAACAGCAACUUAUAAGGUCCUGUAGUUUUACAUUUAAAAUACAUUUUGCUAAUAUCAUGUAACAGUUGUUUAUUUGAUGAUCAACUAUCCUGCACUCUGAUACAUCAGUAAAAUUGUUAAAAAUAAAAC